ACUCGCCCAUGUGUAGCACGCUUGGGCGCUAGCUCGCAUUUGAGAGAACCAACACCCUUGCUCCCCCCAUUUUCGUCAAAACCAACAUUCUGCAAAUUGAUACUGUAGUUCUCACUCUGAGUAGCAGCUACGGCUGUCGUUCCCGUGGUUGAGAGCCCUUACCGUUGUGGUUCUACUGUGGAGGCAGCGGGCGUAGCGACCGGGCGCAAGCAGCCGAGCGGGCGGUGGAGAACCAGUCGCAAAAGUCUGCGGAAUUGUGGGAUCCAGUGGAUCCAACGACGACGGACGAGCGAGUCCAAAUCUCUUCACGUUGCAACCAAGCACUGUAUCAUUAAUACGCAUCAAAGGUGUUCAGGUUCAGAACUCCGGAUUUGUUUUGGGACUGACGCCGUCCCCAUCGCGGGCGACAUUUGCAUAUUGCUGACUGAGCCCAAGCACAUGACCUCUCUUAAACUUCGGUCAAACGUCAACCCUGCCUCAGCAUAGCCGUUCUUCAGACCUUGUUGUGCUUCAGCACUCUCGCAUCCCAACACCACAACGCACGAACGAGCGGUCAGCACAAAUGAAGCUCACAACUAUAGAUCGUAAACAGUAGCUGGACCUUGGAGCUCAGCAGCCCUUGCAUCGGUUGCGAAAGCGCUACUUUACAGUGUCGCCUAGCGCGCCUUGCGCGCAAGCCAUGGACCAGGAGGCCCAGGAUGCCAAGCUAAUUAUACAUCUUUCAGAAGCAUUCAAGAAGGACGAGGUGUGGCAGCUGGCCGCCGCAGAAGCAUUCAGCAAGGCCACGAACCUGGAACGUGUGCUAAUUCGCGAUAGCACAGAGGCCAAACAGCUGAAGCUCGUGGAUGUGCUUAUCCGUAAAACCUCGGCGGCUGGCCUCGGUGCGGGGAGCACGGCUGGAGCCGGAGGCAGCACCUUCGUGCCGGAGCCCCAGCGCGCGGCUGCUGGCCCAGGCGUGAGCGUGCUCACGGCUGUCGCAGUCGGCAAGUCACCAUCAGAAUUCGGGGCCUACUCCAAGUGGCACCAGUUCGCGUUCGCCCCCACUUCGGCGGAGAGGGACGCUGCAAUGCCCAGCUCUAGCAAGGCGGCAUUCUUCGGCUUCAGGCCGCGUGCCAGCCCCCCCGCAGUCGUGCCGCCGCAGCUCGUGUCGCCUGCGUACACCCACAUCCUGGACGCGGUUGCGGCGCCAGCGGCACCGCCGGCUUCGUGGGGCCCAGCCGAGACGCAGCUGUACGGCACCGUGCGCCGCCUCCUGGCGCUCGGCAGCGACCUGCACCCCUCAGAGAAGGAGCUGCACAUGGGCUUCCUGAAGUGGCACAGCGAAGACCUGCUGGUGGGGCAGCUCACUCUGGGUUCUUCAACGUCCACCCUCAGCACCGCGCCCGACGGCAUCCUCACCUCACGCUGCCCCACCGGCGGCGAAAGCUUCGCCGUGGUGCUGCUGAAGUGCAAGAGCGAUGUGGGCGCCGGCGAACCCCUGGUGCAGGCGCUCAGGCACUACCAGAUUUACUAUGGGGAUGGCACGCGCUGGGCUGAGCGGGCGACAUACCGGUGCGACCCCAUGCCGGCGCUGGUGCUGCUGCUGGAGGGCCCGCGCCUGUCCAUCCACGCCGCCUGGACCAUCUACCAGAACCGCGUUGGUUACGCGCCGCUGACGCCGAGCUACUACCUGGCCAACGAGGCGGUAUCGGACAACAGCAACGUGUGGAAGCUCAUGGCCGUGCUGUCCGCCUACAAGAAGGCGGUUAAGGCGCUUGACGACAGCUACACGUUGCGGAAGCAGCUGCUGGGCGAGGCCGCGAUGGAGCGCGCGGCGAGCCUGCGGGUCGCUGCGCACACGGCGGGGGUCGCCACGGAAGUUCACACGCCUGCAGCAGGAGGGGCGGGCGGCGUGCGGCCGUGCACGCUGCCCUACGGCUUGUUGGACGAGGCGCUGGGGUUGUCGGCCAUUGCCUUCCGCGGCCCGGGGCUGAUGUACGAGGCCCUGCAGCAGGUGGCGGCGGGUGGCGAGGAGCGGAGUGUGCUGGUCAAGUUCGUGCGGGCGCGGUACGGCGCCGCGGUGCACAAGGCGUGGCACGCGGCGGGGUUGGCGCCCGCGCUGUACGACGUGCGAAGCCCGGCGGGCGGCGGUACUAGCGGCGGGCCGGCGCAAUACCUGAUGGUGGUCAUGGAGCUGCUGCGCCCGGCGGACGGCUGGAUGCCGCUGCAGCAGGCGCUCGUCCUCGCGGCCGCCGUGGACAGCGGCAGCAGCAGCAGCAGCAGCAGGGCUGCCGGAGGAGGCGGCGCCGCGCUCAAGGACGCCGUCCGCCAGGCGCUGCACAGGGCGCACGCGGUGCCCGUGGAGCAGUCGGCGGCGGCGGAGCUCGUCCUGACGGAGGCGGGCAGUGGCGGCGGAAGCGGUGGCGGCGGCGGCAGCAGCGGCAGUCGCGUUGGCGGUGCACCAAAGGCGGUGCAUGGCGAUAUCCGGCUGCCCAACAUAAUGGUGCGCUCCGCGGUGGGAACAGCGGGGGCCUCUACUGACGUUGGCGGCGUGAUGGGCUCGAGUCCCGCGAGUGGAGCAGGUGGCACUGCGUCCGCGACUGGCACGUGGCACGUGCGGUUCAUCGACUUUGACUGGGCGGGGCUCGAGGGCGACGCUGCCGCCCGGUACCCGGUGCUGCUGUCGCCCCUCAUCCGGUGGCCAGAGGGCGUGGCGCCCGGUACCCAGAUGCGUCAGCAGCACGACACAGAGCUGCUGGAGCUGGAGCUGGCCGCGGCCGGCUCGUGAGAAAGGCGCGGGUGGAUGGGUGUAUUGCAGGCAUGGACGGCAGUGUUGCAGGCGGGGAGCGGCACGACUAGAAUUAGGGUUUGCUGGCUUGUGAGAUCGGCGAGAAUGGGUGUGUGUGGGGCAUGGGCGGUGGGCGGUGCACUGGCACAGGGGCGGCAUGACGGUGCCCCCUGUACAUUGCGCCCUUGGAGACACCAGGUCAUGCGGCCACCGACCGCAUGCGGAGCUGCCAGCAGUAUGCAGUGUUGUUCCUUGGGCGCGCUGGCAGUUCAGUACGAUAGGCAAACUGGAGCGGGGCUUGAAUUGGAUCUGGCUGGAUACAGAGGAGGCUCCCCAGCGCCAACGUUCUUGCGGUAGACUGUUAGGGGCGCUGUUCACGAGCCAUCUAACACAAUCCAGUGCAGAUGCGGUUGUCGCGGUCAUCUAGAUGUUUCCAGGGUAGAAACUCGCUGGGGCGUGAAGGGGCUCGAGCAAAGCUUUGCUCCCUACUGCUCCUCCGGCAACUUACAGCAUAUGGCGUUGGACCGCUGGCGGGAGGUGGAGUGGUGGACGGAUGGACCGCGCUGGUCCCUUGUGUGUGUGUGUGUGUGUGUGUGUGACUACAGUUUCCACGGUUAGUCUGCCAGAUCACGUGAUCGUGUAUCUGGUAUAACCAACGACAGGGCUCUCAUUCGAGGGCUGCCGUGACCUGGCGUUUCCCCGGCAGAGCGCAAACAGCUCUGGAGUCCACAGGGUAACGCACUCCGACCCUUCACCGCGCCAGUAAUCCUUGCGGAAUUACUACCGGUGUAACAACCUCAGACC